AUGAAGAGGCACAUGCAAGCUCGGGGACAAGGCUUUCCUGACAAGCUGCUCUGUGGCCUGGUUGUUACUGCCAGUCUUUUCCUGCUCUCAGAAACCAGUUCUUUGCGAGGGAAAAAGCUGGAUGUAUCGGGGAAGUAUCAGAAGUAUGUAUCCCUGGCCAACACCAGCAUCCCCCAGCUCUGCCAGUUCACUGUGUGCAUUGAUCUAAACAGGACUACAAAUGUCAGCAUUUGGACAGCUUUUUCAUAUGAUAUAAAUAACAACUCCACCAACAUCCAUGAUGCAGAGCUCGGGCUCUCCGGAGAAAACAAGCAUUUGAAGUUGUAUCUCUUUGGCACCACCAGAGAAAUCGAGCUUGACUUAACUCUUUUUGAAUGGCAUAGUGUGUGCUACACGUGGGACAGCAAGGAGGGGCUGCUGCAGGUCUACAACAAUGGGCAGCACUUGGAGACGGAGGCCAUGAACAGUACGAAGUGCCUGAGGCCGAAGGGCAGCUUGGUGCUGGGGUAUUUGCACAAAAACCAGGGAGGCGCCAUCAUCGUGCAGUUGAACAGUGGCUUUAUCGGCAACCUGUACUACUUUCAAAUGUGGGACAGGGUCUUAAAGCAGGAGGAGCUAAUGAACUGCUCCCAGGGAAACGUCGUUAGCUGGAACGCAGAGCAUUGGGACUUCGACAACAUCGUUCCAGUCACCGACCAUCACCUGCGCUGCGCAAAGUCCUGGGAAGGAUCAACCUCAACAGCUGCUGCUACGUUAGCUCCACCAUCUCCAGCUAAAACUACUAGUGGUAUCACUCUAACUUUCACUGCUUCCAUGGGAGGUAUGACAACUGAAAACAAAGCCACGUGUGCCCCUGAAUACACUACGAAGAAGACAAGCUCUGCGUCCUUAACUACUGCUGUAACACAGGCACCAGAGACCAUGCCAGCAACUAAACCCAGAGGGACCACACAGGCACUUGUAUCUCUGCUCACAACAACAACCAAGGUUACUGUUUUGGUGUCGGAGACUACACUUUCACUGACCACAGCUUCACCCAGACCUGAUGAGACUGAUCCCACCUCGAAACCUGAUGGGAUACAAACUUCUGUGACUGCCUCACCUAUAAAAACUACUAGUACUAUACCUGUUUCCAGAUCAAUGGUGACAUCCAAGCCCUCUGAGUUUACAUUUGUAUCUACACCUGACCUAUCCACGGCAGGUCAUAAACUAGUUACCUUCUACAACAUUCAGGUGAACUUUUCUGCUACCCAUGAACCCCAGAGACCCCCUGAUUAUUAUGAUGUAAGGAACCGUACUGAAACCUGGCUUAAUGACAGAUUGUCUGGCACUGAAUUUCUUGUUACAAAUUACAAGAUAAAGACAGUAGGCAGGGCUUCAACAAGAGGACGUGUCCAGAGGAAGGCUCAGAUGAAGAAAAAGCAGAACUCCCGAAGCUAUGGCUCCAAAGCCAUUGUAAAGGCCGAAUCUUCUGAAACACAAGAAGUACUGACUGAGAAGAUAACACAGCUGUUGACUGGCACAUAUGUGGAGACACCAAAGUCAUUCUCUUUGGAACUUGACAAUGUGACUGUUGCCCCAAUAGAUCCAGGAAACUGCCCAGGAAAUCCCACACAUUCAGAAUACAAAGGGACCUACCUGUGGCCACUGACUACUGCUUUUGACAAAACUGAACUCAACUGCACGAAAAAUCCUCAACAGUUGGCCAAGAGGCACUGUAUGAUUAAUAUUGAGCGUGGGAAAGCUCUUUGGAAAAGACCAGAUCUGUCUGUAUGCAAAUUACUGAAAGACCUUCCAAAUAAUAUUCUGGAUCUUCAAUAUAUCACCAUAACAGAAGAGAAUGCACAGGAUGUUGCAGAGCACAUUUUAAACCUGAUUGUAAACUUAACGCAACUGGAGGCAGAAGAAAUGAAGAUCAUUGUAGAUACAACUUCUGACAUUGCAAACUGUAGUGAGAUAAGCAUGACGCUGGCAAAGACAACACUAGGAAUACUGAACAUGGUUUUGCUGAAACAAAAUAAUACGCACAGUUUGCACAAAGUGACCAACAGGGUCUUAAGGACGAUUGAACAGAUAGGUUACAGAAUGACCUAUCCUGGGAGGAAUGCAUCGAUAAUAAUGGCAGCCCUGGCUUUGGUUGUGAUACAUCCAGAUCCUAGCAGUUUCCAAGGACUGGCCUUUGGGGUUACCUCAUAUAAGGAAGACCUGAAUCCAAAGAUUGAUAUACAAGAAACACCCUUUCAAAAGGCCUUGGCCUCUGUGUUUUUGCCAAGAUUAAUGAGGGAAUACUUGGGGAUCCAUUCUUUUGAUCCAGAAGAUCAUCCGAAGAUCCAGUUUACUUUCUUUGGCACAACUUCACUCUUUAUGGGUGGCAGUUCUGGGAAUGAAACGUUGAACACUUAUGUUGUGAGCGCCAGCAUUGAAAACGUAUCCAUUCAGAACCUCAAAGAGCCAGUCAAUAUUAUUUUAGAGCAUAUAAACCCAAACGUGGACAAUGCUUCAGUGCACUGUGUGUUCUGGGACUUUAUGAAGAACAAUGGACUAGGUGGUUGGAAUACAUCUGGGUGUGAAAUGAAAUACACGGAUAUGAAUUAUACAAUCUGUUAUUGUAACCAUCUUACCCAUUUUGGAGUCCUGAUGGACUUAUCCCGGACUCCAACAGAUCCUGUGAAUGACCGUAUAUUAACUCUGAUAACCCAUGCAGGAUGUGGUGUCUCUUCCCUUUUCCUAGGGGUAGUAUUGGUGAUAUACCUUGCCCUUGACAAGCUUCAGAGAGAUUAUCCUUCCAAAAUCCUGAUCAACCUCUGUGCUGCACUGCUGAUGCUGAACCUGACAUUCCUGGUCAAUUCCUGGCUGACAUCAUUUAAUAACCACGGCCUUUGUAUCACAGUAGCUGUGUUCCUUCACUACUUCCUGCUUGCAGCCUUCACGUGGAUGGGUUUGGAAUCUGUUCACAUGUACUUAGCUCUCAUCAGAGUCUUCAAUACAUACAUUCCACACUACAUCCUUAAAUUUUGCAUUGCUGGGUGGGGACUACCAGCUGUUGUGGUUGCUAUCGUACUCAUAAUAAAAAAAGACUUUUAUGGCAGUAGACCACCGUAUGAAAGCAACAACCCGUUCACCGAUUUCUGUUGGAUUGAAAAUAAUGUCGUCUUUUACAUCUCUGUUGCGGCCUACUUCUGCUUCAUAUUUUUGAUAAACAUAGUGGUAUUUAUUGCUGUUCUCGUUCAAAUCCAUUCCAUGAAAUCAAAGACAAGAACAAGGUCCAAGGACUGGAAGCAGGGCUUACUCCAUGACCUGAAAAGCACCAUCAGCUUGACUGCCUUGCUUGGUCUAACAUGGGGCUUUGCCUUCUUUGCCUGGGGACCAGUACAGAUUUGUUUCCAGUAUCUCUUCGCCAUUUGUAACACACUGCAAGGGGUCUUCAUCUUUGUGUAUCACUGCCUCAUGAAGGAGAACGUGAGGAAGCAGUGCCGUGUACACUUCUGCUGGGGAAGGUUUCGGCUGAAUAAUUAUUCUGACUGGAGUGGGUCAGGGUCAGGAUAUAAGCCAAGAAAUGUAGAGGAUAAUUUAUUCUUCCAUUCCUUGAAGUCAACUAAGUCCAUGAAAUCUAAUGGAACAAGCUCAACUUUCAAUGGCUCCAGCUGCCUACAGGGGACUUCUUUGGAUAUGAACUUCAGAAUAGGUGAGGUACAUUACAAUCCAGGUGCUCUCAUGCCACCUGAUCGUGAGGCCAGAUGUCCUUGGACAAGAAGAGUAUCACCCGUGGAUGUACAACUGCACUGUACUCAGAAGUCUAGGUUCUUACAGUGA